AUGCAAGGCAUCGACAAAGUGGCUAAAGGGGAAGCCCUUCCUCUUCUGCUGGUGAGCCGGCUGGUUGGCCUGCAGCUGAAGGCAACGCAAAGCAAUGAGACGAGCUGUGGCUCGAAGCACGAAGCCCCCAACACCAAUCAGCGGAGGAUUGCAGGGCUCCGGAAGUUGCUGGUGCUUUUCGAGCCCUGCCCUGCCGGGCUCACCGACGUGCGAAAUCCCAGAGACCAAUCUGCGGACUCAGGGCCUGCUGUGCCACGCGUGCCUGCUGUGCGGUUUGCUGGCCGCUUCUUCAAGGAAGAUGUGCAAAAUGUGAUUCCUGUAGCCGUCACACGAGCCCAGAUGGUCGGCACAGAGGAACUGCCUCAACUCGUUGCCAGUGUUCAAGUCGUGAAUCAUCUGGGCCGACCUUGGUCCUGCUCUCGGCAUGAUUCCUUCCUCUCUCUGUUCUUGCCCUGGGGCCUGGACUCCCGUAAGCCUGCAUCUACCAGCCAACCACCACCAACAAAUUACCUUGAUGCUCGGGAAGCACGGCAAUGGAAACACUGGCGCAACGAAACAUAUGAAAGCACCAAGCUGGUGGCCACUUGGCAGUCGCAGGUUCUCUCUUGGCUUGAUGAAGAGCUUGCAGCAGGGAGCCUGGUGCAGCAUGGUGUCCUGGAUUUGAUUUUCUUUGCACGGAACCCAAACCGUGGCCCUUUCAAGGAGGAGGUCGAUAAGCUGCUGGUGCCAGGCAUCUUUUCUGAUGAAGGAUUGGGAAAGGCGCGCUUCAGUGAGUCGCGGUGCUUUAGAGAGGGUCGGGUCUUGCACUAUGUGAUCGCUUCCACAGAUCUGAAGCCGGGGCGCAGAGCUUGGCGACCAGAUCCUCUCGGAGCCCAUGCAGCCAGCCUCUUCCUCUCCUCUAACUCCUCCUCUUGCUCAAGCUUCUCUUCUCCCUCCAGCAGUGAGGUGAACGAGGUGAACUUUUGGAGGCCUUGCUUGCUGCGACUCAAUUCACGGCAGGUCACCUAUGUCUUGCGCAAGGAUGAGGGAGAUGAGGGAUCUGGCUGGUCUGAGACCGUGGCAUGUGACCAUGGUGAUGCUCUUGAAUAUUGCGUGCCCUUUGUCUUUCUUGAUCGAAUUGAGGUUUCUCGCGGCCUACGUGGGCAUGAAGAUGAUGAGUGCUUGCUUACGCUCCAGGGCCUGUCAAGCACACCGACAUCCAGCAAUGCGACGCCUUCUCCUCGAAAUGAGGGGAGCCCACAUCCGCUGACCAUCACGCCAGAACCGAUUCCACUGAGUUCCAGCUUUAGGAGCCCAAGAGUCCUUUCGGUUUCGGGACCCGGACCCGGCCUCGAAGCGCCGGCAGCACUUCCCCUCGUGUUCCGCGUGAGCAAGGCAGAUGGUGAGGUCUGGGCCAAGGUGAUUGAGGAGUAUGGGAUGUUCACACCCCCACUUCAUAUUCUCCACUAUAUCGGCGAUGUGUCGGACCAUCCGCGGUUGCCCGGGAUCGUUUACCGUCAUGGUGAUGGAGACCAACUGUGGCCCGAUGGCACGCGCUAUAUAGGCGCCUGGAAGGACCAUACCUACCAUGGCACAGGGCAACUUCUGGAUCCUGAGGGACAGGUCAUCUACAGGGGUCAAUGGGCGCAGGGGAUGAAGCACGGCGAAGGCUUCUACCGCUUUUUCCAGGAGCCGUCCGGCUCAAGGGCCUACCAAGGCCACUUCAGAAACGAGGAGUUCUCAGGUCACGGGAUACUCUGGGUUGUGGAGGAGGACGGAAGCCUGGAAUGGGUGCAGAAACAUCGCCCGUGGGCCAUCACUCGCUACGAGGGACUUUUCUCCGGCGGUUCCAGCGAGAUGCAUGAUCCCCGGAGCUUGAUUCUUGUGGACGAGACAGAUAGCGUGGCGCUCCAGGAGCAUUUCCUAGUGCUGCGGAAUGAAGCCGGUGUGGGGCCACACCAAGGACCGGGCAAAGCACCCAAAGAUCUGGCAGCAGAGAUGUAUGGCCUGGACGCGGCAGAUCUACAACACUGCGGCCCUGACCCCGAUGCCGAGAUCUGGUAUGCGGACGGUGCCCGUUACCGCGGACCCUGCCUGGCCGGUGCCGUGCCUCACGGAGACGGCGGUACACUCUGGGAGGAGGCUGGGCUCUGCUUCGAGGGCAGCUUCCACUUGGGCCUUCGUGCACCGCGCGGCCGUGCCACGUUACCCAAUGGCGUGGUAUACGAAGGUGAAUUCUCUCAGCCGGGAGGGCGGCGGCAUGGCACGGGCCGGACCUGGAUCCCGGAAGCCCUGCAGCGGCGCUUGGGCUUCUGCAGCUAUGCAGGCGAGUAUCACCAGGGGCUGCGGCAUGGCCAGGGGGAGAUGAUGUUCACGGACGGCACGGUCUACAGGGGUCAGUUUGAGAAGAAUCGACGUUAUGGACAUGGCCACUACAGGAACCGAAAUGGCAGUCCGAUCUACACGGGCCCCUGGAAGAAUGACGAACCUGGAACGGGCUACGCGGACAUCCUGUACCCUUCAGGCCACAGGUACAAGGGCAACGUCUGCGACGGCUGCCGUGAUGGUCGGGGCUCUCUUUGGCACCAAGAUCCGGAUGGCGAUUCCACCUUUCUCUUCCGUGGCCAAUGGGAGGCAGAUGAGAUGCACGGCGUGGGCGAGCUGCAUUGUACUGACGGCGUGUACCGCGGCCAAUUCGUGAACGGUCUGCGAGAGGGCAGGGGUCGCUUUGAGUACGCCCGGAGUGCUGAGAUCCUAAGCUAUUAUGAGGGCUCCUGGGAGGAGGACCAGCCACACGGCUCUGGCACUUUUGUGGACGAACACGGCCAGGAAUAUCUUGACCGUGAGUUCGAGCAGGGAGAGCUCGUUGGAAGCCGUUUGACAGCAAGGAACCUCAGCAAACGAGAGCCAUUGAUGUGGGAAGCGGAGUCAGUCAUGCAAGAAGCCGUGUGUGUGCGUGUGUCUCAGCAUUUCACCAAGCAUUUCACUGGAGAGUCAGCUUUUCUUGGUCUCAGCCCUUGGCUCCGUGAAGUUCCCAACUUCUUCGGCUUCGCUCCGGGGCUCCGGCUCGCUAUGGGCCAUGCCAUGGAGCCCAGGUACGAGGCCAUGGUCGCCAAAGCACAGAGCGGGUCCGUGACUUCUGCGACGGAGCUUCUCCAAUUCAUGAGGACGCACAAAAUCCACCAGCCUGAACUCGCCCUUCUCCAUGGUGCGCGGCUUCUCAAAGGAAGUGCACGGGCACUGGGAACAGAAGUUUGGACCGUCAUGGAGCAAGUGUUUCUCGCGGCUGCUGAGCUGGGAUGCGACCAGUGGAGGGAGUACUGCCUCAAAGAGCUGACCAAGAAGUUUCCUUCGUCCCUGCGAGUUGAACGUUUGAAAGGUAUUGAGAAGGAAAGCUUGGCCGACUGGAAGGAGGCCGAAAAGAUCUAUCAGAAGAUCCUCGCGGGCAAGCCCGAGGAUACCGUGACUCACAAGCGCCUCAUCGCUAUGUACAAGCAGAGCGGCAAAGUUCCUGAGGCCAUCGAGUCCAUCAACACCUACCUCGAGACCUUCAGUACCGACUCCGAGGUCUGGCACGAGCUCGGCGAGCUCUAUGUUGAGUGUGGGAUGCUGCAGCGGGCAGUGUUCUGCUUCGAAGAGCUGAUUGUCCACAAUCCGCGCUCUAUGUACAACAUCCUCACGUAUGCAGAGCUGCUUUACUCCACAGGCGAUUUAGAAACGAGCAGGAAGUACUUCAGCCUAGCAGCGUACCUCGACGGUGCAAAUCUUCGUGCCCUUUGGGGCCUGGUGGCUUGCAACAUGGCGCUUCUGGAAAAGGACAAGACGCGCGAGAAGUCCAAGCAGCUUGAGGAGCUGCAGCGGUUCACGGUCCAAAAGCUGCGGACCGCGUACAAAGCUUUGGGGGCACACGGCGCUCCCGCCUUGAAUCUGCUGAAAGCAGCUGCAGUUUCUUGA